UCAACUCAACGCGCUGUGCAAAUCGAAUCGCUUGUGCCAAGAUUUUAUAUUUUCUGCGAUUAACGACCGCAAAAAGCCAGCGAUCUAUAUGCCAAGUGGCCAAUAACGAAGCAGCCAAGUGUUUGCGUUGCAAAAAAGCCGGAUAGCAGAGUGUAUUUCUGUUGUGAUUAGCGUUAGAAGAGCAACAAGUGGCCAAAACUCGAGACCAACAACAACUAAAUGAGUACGAUAUAAUACACUGAGAGAAAUAAUAAUCUCAAAGUGUUGGAAGCGGUGCGCGCAGCUUGUUUUUUUGUGCCAAGCGUCGCGCAAUAAAACAAACAAAAAGCCAGAGACCCAAAACAACAACCACAACAAAAGCCGUUUGAUCGCGAGUUUGUGUGUGUGUGUGUGUUUGCUUGAUUGUGGCUGUGUGUGUGUGAGAGUGGCAAGCCAUUAUUUUUCUGGUCUUAUGACGUAAACCACCGAAAAAAAAUCAAAAGUGAGCAGGCGACACAGAUAUCAAAACGAAGAAUGUCUCGUCACGAGAAAACUAAAUCUACGACCGGCGGAAUCUUGGACAGCCUGUUCGGGAGGCCCUCAAAAUCCAAAGGAGGAAACAUCAGCAGUGGAACCUUAACCCAUGGAGGUCGACCCGUAUCACAGGAUAAUUAUGUAGUGCCGGGCGUGGAGGACUUUGAGCAGUAUAUUCAGCAACUGACCGUUGCGGAGCUGGAUGCCAAGUUCCUGGAGAUCAUAGAGGAUAUGAAUAUACCCAAGGAUAAGAGGGAGCCCCUGUUGGCCAAAUCGAAGGAGGAGCGCCAGAAGAUGCUACUAUGGCACUUGAAAGGUAAAAACUCACUGGAGCGCAGCGCCAAUUCCCGGUUCGAGAAGCCCAUAGACUACGUGGAGUAUCUGCAGAAUGGGGAGCACAGCACCCACAAGGUGUACCAGUGCGUGGAAUCUCUGCGCGUGGCGCUCACCAGCAAUCCGAUCUCGUGGAUCAAGGAAUUCGGUGUGGCCGGCAUCGGGACGAUCGAGAAGCUGUUGGCCAGGUCAAAGAAGGAUGCUAGCUAUGAUAAGAUUGAGUUCGAGGCCAUUCGCUGCCUGAAGGCGAUCAUGAACAAUACGUGGGGACUAAACGUGGUGCUCAAUCCGGAUCAGCACAGUGUGGUGUUGCUCCUGGCGCAGUCACUGGAUCCCCGGAAGCCGCAGACCAUGUGCGAGGCCCUCAAACUGCUGGCCUCCUUUUGCAUUGUCUACGAACGUAAUGGCUACGAGAAGGUCCUUAGAGCCAUUACCACAAUAGCGGCGACAUCCUUUAAGGCCAGCGAACGAUUUCGACCCAUAGUGGAUGCAUUGUUUGCAACGGAUCAACAGGAUCCCAAACGGGAGUUGGCCUGUCACAGCUUGAUCUUUAUUAACACCCUCACAAAUACUCCCACGGAUUUGAACUUCCGUCUGCAUCUACGAUGUGAGAUUAUGCGCAUGGGUCUGUACGAUCGCCUGGACGAAUUCACUAAAAUCGUGGAGGCUAGCAAUAACGAUGCACUGCAGCAGCACUUUAAGAUCUUCAACGAGAUUCGCGAGGAUGAUUUCGAGGAGUUUGUGCAGCGCUUCGAUAACGUCACCUUUAAUAUGGAUGAUGCAACGGAUUGCUUCGAUGUGCUGAAAAACCUGGUGACUGACACCACUUCCGAACCCUACUUCCUGUCCAUCCUGCAGCAUUUGUUGUAUAUCAGAGAUGACUUUUACUUCCGACCCGCCUACUAUCAACUAAUUGAGGAGUGCAUCUCGCAGAUUGUCUUCCACAAGGGCUACUGCGAUCCGAACUUUGAGAAUAGAAACUUUAAUAUAGACACCUCUCUGCUGCUGGACGAUAUUGUGGAGAAGGCCAAGGCCAAGGAGUCAAAGCGAUCGGAGGAGUAUGAGAAGAAGAUCGAGCAGUUGGAAAGCGCUAAGCAGGAAGCGGAGGCAAAGGCGGCUCAUCUCGAGGAAAAAGUCAAACUGAUGGAGGCUAAUGGUGUGGCGGCACCGUCGCCCAAUAAGCUACCCAAAGUGAACAUACCCAUGGCACCGCCACCGCCCGGAGGAGGAGGACCACCUCCACCACCGCCGCCGCCCAUGCCGGGCACAGCUGGUGGUGGACCACCGCCGCCACCUCCACCUCCCAUGCCCGGAAGGGCGGGAGGACCGCCUCCACCGCCACCACCGCCCGGAAUGGGAGGUCCACCACCUCCACCCAUGCCAGGCAUGAUUCGACCUGGAGGACCGCCCCCACCGCCCAUGAUGAUGGGACCCAUGGUUCCGGUUCUUCCUCAUGGUCUGAAACCGAAGAAGAAGUGGGAUGUCAAGAAUCCAAUGAAGCGGGCCAACUGGAAGGCUAUUGUCCCAGCCAAAAUGUCCGAUAAGGCUUUCUGGGUCAAGUGCCAGGAGGAUAAGCUGGCUCAGGAGGAUUUCCUUGCCGAGCUGGCCGUGAAAUUCUCCUCCAAGCCUGUGAAGAAAGAACAAAAGGAUGCGGUGGACAAGCCGACGACGCUGACCAAGAAAAAUGUCGAUCUCCGUGUGCUGGACUCGAAGACGGCACAGAACUUGGCUAUUAUGUUGGGAGGAUCGCUGAAGCAUCUGUCAUACGAACAGAUCAAGAUUUGUUUGCUGCGCUGCGACACCGCCAUCCUGUCCUCCAACAUCCUUCAGCAACUUAUCCAGUACCUCCCGCCGCCAGAGCAACUUAAACGUCUGCAGGAGAUCAAGGCCAAGGGAGAACCGUUGCCACCAAUCGAACAAUUUGCUGCGACGAUAGGGGAAAUAAAACGUCUUUCGCCACGUCUUCAUAAUCUGAACUUCAAGUUAACUUAUGCGGAUAUGGUACAGGAUAUCAAACCCGAUAUUGUGGCAGGAACGGCAGCUUGCGAAGAAGUCCGAAACAGCAAAAAGUUCUCCAAGAUCCUGGAACUCAUUCUCCUCCUCGGCAACUACAUGAAUUCGGGCUCUAAGAACGAAGCCGCAUUUGGCUUUGAGAUCAGUUAUCUCACCAAGUUGUCCAAUACGAAAGAUGCGGAUAAUAAGCAGACAUUGCUGCACUAUCUGGCUGAUCUGGUGGAGAAGAAGUUCCCAGAUGCAUUGAACUUCUACGACGAUCUAUCGCAUGUGAAUAAGGCGUCGCGGGUCAACAUGGAUGCCAUCCAGAAAGCAAUGCGUCAAAUGAAUUCGGCGGUAAAAAAUCUGGAAACAGAUCUGCAAAACAACAAGGUGCCGCAGUGCGAUGAUGACAAGUUUAGUGAGGUGAUGGGCAAGUUUGCCGAGGAAUGCAGGCAGCAAGUGGAUGUGCUUGGCAAAAUGCAGUUGCAAAUGGAGAAGCUGUACAAGGACCUCAGCGAGUACUAUGCCUUCGAUCCCAGCAAAUACACGAUGGAAGAGUUCUUUGCGGACAUUAAGACCUUUAAGGAUGCCUUCCAGUCAGCGCACAAUGACAAUGUACGGGUGCGGGAGGAGCUGGAGAAGAAACGUCGUCUGCAGGAGGCCCGAGAGCAGUCUGCCCGUGAGCAGCAAGAGCGCCAGCAGCGUAAAAAGGCAGUGGUUGACAUGGAUGCCCCGCAGACGCAGGAGGGCGUGAUGGACAGUCUCUUGGAGGCGCUGCAAACGGGCUCCGCCUUUGGCCAGCGGAACCGACAGGCCCGGCGACAGCGACCAGCGGGAGCGGAACGGAGGGCCCAACUCAGUCGGAGUCGAUCGCGGACGCGUGUCACCAACGGACAACUUAUGACCCGCGAGAUGAUACUCAAUGAGGUUCUAGGCUCAGCGUAGAAAUGAUACCACAAGCAAUUCUUCUCUGUACAUAUAUAAAUAGACAUCUGUAGCGAUAUAAGGGCCUAGGAUCAUUAGCUGUGUACAUCUGUGAAUCCGUGUGUUUAGCCUUGUUUACAUAUCAACUCGAUUAGCGCGUUCAAGAUAUUUAACGAAAGGAUUGUUUCAACAGCCGCAAAGUACUAAAUAACUGGGGACAGCAAUAUGUGGAUUUUUCAGAACUAUGCAUUGAGUGUCGUGUUAAUUUAAAGUUUUUACGUUCUAACAACUUAAGUAAGAGUCAUAAAUUUCUUUUUUGUAAUUUGUUAAAUUAAUUGUAAUCAUUUUGUUCAAUUGAAUUUUACUGAAAAAAACCUAAAACAUAUCUUAAUUUAUUUGCAAUUUGUGUACGCUACAAAAAAUUGUAAUUUAUAUUAAACAGAUUGGCAGGCCGAUAAAAGUUAUCAUCUAAUUCGUAGUACAUCGUCUAAUUUCACUUUGAUUUUAUAUAACUAACAUUUAUAAAAACCAAUAUUUAAAUAUUUUUGACACUUAGUUUAUGUGAAACAUUUACCACGACUCUAGAAAUAAGCAAUGCAUAACAACGAACAAAUUCAAUUUCGCUUCCCUAUACGCAAAAACAUAUAUUUUUUAUACGCUUUACUUCUGAAAAUGAAAAUGAUACCUAUUCUUAUUCUAAAUACUUAUAAAAGGAACUGAGAAACCAAGUCAGAAAUUUAUUUAUCGAUUGAUCUGUAUCUUUGGCUCUUUACACACUAUUCCUAUUUUACUGUGGCAUGUUCCGAUCAUUUUGUUGUGCACUUCGUUUUCGAGGCACUCACUAGGGCGAGAUAUAUAUCAAAAUGAAAUUCCUUUUGUAUUUAAUUUGUUUUUAAGCAAAUCUCUUUUAAAUUUGUUUAUUUUAAUAAUCUAUUGUAAUCCACGCUAUACAUAACAUUGUUAAUUAAUGCCUAUUUUCUUCGACAAUGAUCGUAUAUUGAAAAUAAACUUUUACCAAAACUUUAA